AUUUAUAUUGUUGUUCUUUUCAGAGCUUGUUAAAUUCGUUUUCUAGUUUUACAAAAUUUCUAAAUUUACGGUUCGUCAUAAAAUGGCUCAGUUUAUGCAAAAAGUAUUUACAACCUAUAGAUUAUUGCAGUCCCAUCAACUGUGCUGUCAGCAAAUGAUUAAAUACUCUGAAAAGAUAUUUAAAUUGGCCACGGCACAAGAUAAUGUGAAUUUCUUGAAAUCGCAACGCGAGAAUCUAAAACAACUGCGAAAUAAAAUAAUCAAGGAAAGGGUUUCGAUAAAGGAGAAAAUGAACCAAUUGGAUGAACAAAUCGAGAAUAUCAAAAAGAAAAAUAGUGGUCGAAAUAUGAAGGAUGACGGAUUAAAAAAAUAAUUGAUAUAUGGAUUUUGUGUUAAUCAUGGCAACAGUUGUUCUUCUUUUCUUUCUACUCUUUCUGCUGUCAGUUCGAAUUUUCGAAUUUAAAUAUUAUUUGUACAACAGCUUUCAUGAAAAUUUCGGUGAACUAAUGGAACGACUUCUAAAUUCAUUAUGCAGAACUACUCCAAGAAUACUGCAGCUGCAAAGAAGUCAGUUUCAGCAAAGUGUCAAUAUGCUGCUCUUUAGGUAUUAUCGGAUUAACGACGACAGGGCCGCUUUAAAGCAGAUACAAAAACAACUUGGUUUUUUGAAGAGCAAAGCAAUUGAUGAGCGGCAUCAACUUGAUGCCAAAAUUGCUGAAUUACAAAAGCGGAUCGAGCGCGUGAAGCGUAAGAUGCGAAAAGUUGAUAAGGAGUCCAAAAAGAGUAAAAAGUAAACUCGAAAUUAUUAAGGAAAGUUGAGAAAAAGAAAAUCCGUUUCUCUUCAAGAUUGCAGCUACAAAAAUAUUUAAAAAACAUUAAAAAUGUGCAUCAUAGAUUGUAUAUUUUUCCCAAUAAUUUCUCUCAUUUGGAAAGUUCAAUAAAUACAAUAUUGCAUUUAA